AUGUCGUCGAAAGUGAUCCAUAGACUUGUCUUGGGUUCGAAACUUUCCAUACGCACAUAUGCUAUCAGACCGCUAAAGGUACCAAUCACUCUUCCCUCUGGAAUCACCUACGAUCAACCCACGGGUCUGUUCAUCAACGGGGAGUUCGUCACCUCCAAGCAGCACAAGACUUUUGAGGUGCUGGACCCUUCUACAGAAGAGGAAAUCACACAUGUCUAUGAGGCCCGCGAAGAAGACGUGGACGUAGCGAUUGCCGCUGCGAAAAAAGCGUUUGAGAGUAGCUGGAGCACUGCAGACCCCGAGUUGCGUGCCAGGUGUCUCUUCAAGCUCGCAGAUCUCGUCGAAGAGCAUUCUGAAAUACUGGCAGGUAUCGAUUCUCUCGACAACGGUAAAUCGCUGCUGUGUUCUCGAGGCGAUGUUAGUCUGGCCUCCAAAUAUCUGCGUUCCUGUGCCGGAUGGGCUGAUAAACUUUACGGCCGUACAAUCGACACUGGCUCUUCGACUUUCUCAUACACCCGCCGUGAACCUUUGGGCGUGUGUGCUCAGAUCAUUCCUUGGAAUUUCCCACUUUUAAUGUGGUCAUGGAAAGUAGGUCCAGCUUUGACAACCGGUAAUACUGUGGUUCUCAAGCCCGCCGAGGCUACUCCAUUAUCUGCUCUUUACGUUUCACAAUUGGUUAAACAGGCUGGUGUUCCGGCCGGAGUUGUCAAUAUUCUUCCUGGAUUUGGUAAAGUGAUUGGUGAGAGAAUGUGCACUCACAAGGAUGUAAAGAAAGUCGCCUUCACAGGAUCAACAGAAACGGGGCGUCAUAUUAUGCGCACUGCAUCAGAUACUAUCAAGAAAGUCACUUUGGAGCUAGGAGGAAAAUCUCCAAACAUUGUUUUUGCAGACGCUGAUAUCGACAAGGCCGUAAGCACCAUUGCUUUCGGAAUUUUCUACAACUCUGGUGAAGUAUGCUGCGCUGGCUCUCGCGUUUACGUUCAAGAUACAGUUUACGAAGAGGUUUUGCAAAAGUUUAAAGACUAUGCCGAGUCACUGAAAGUGGGUAACCCAUUCGAAGAAGGAGUUUUCCAAGGCGCUCAAACCUCGCAAAUGCAGAUCGACAAAAUUCUGGACUACGUCGAGGUGGGUCAAGGGGAAGGCGCCCGUGUAGUUACGGGAGGUGAGCGUUUGGGAAACAAAGGAUAUUUCGUGAAACCCACGAUUUUUGCGGACGUCACAGAGGACAUGCGUGUCGUCAAGGAAGAAAUAUUCGGACCAGUGGUGACGGUAUCUAAAUUUUCCACAGUAGACGAAGUCAUCGAAAUGGCCAAUGACAGCCAGUACGGUCUCGCUGCAGGCAUCCAUACGAGAGACGUGAACAAAGCCAUUGAUGUUUCUAACCGUGUCAAAGCUGGAACCGUGUGGAUCAACACCUACAACAAUUUCCACCAAAAUGUGCCUUUUGGCGGAUUUGGGCAAAGCGGGAUUGGCCGUGAAAUGGGUGCCGAGUCCUUUGACAAUUACACACAGGUGAAGGCCGUCAGAAUGUCCAUUGACCAUGUUGAACGCUAA